AUGUCAAUGCUCGUGGAGCUUCGCGAUUGCCAGACUGCCACCUUGAGGGUGUGGUCCGUGCGCGAUUGGGGCCCCAUCCAUGUAUCGCAUCUAGCCCAGCCCGGAAGUGCUUCGACGCUCCCGCUGCGCUCACAGUUGCACCAAAACAUCAACAUGCCUUCCAAUCUACCGAACCUACGUCGACUGUUCGUUGAGGCGCGCAGCGAGUCCGAGGAGAGCGCGUACUCGAGGAAAGCUUUCUACAAUCUUGCCAUAUUCAUGUCAUCAAUCGCCGUCUUUAGCUUGGUUGCACAGCGAAUGACUUCUGCAAAGGCCAUCGGCUGA